UAGUCGCUCCCUGGAAUGAAUGCCCACCUUAGAAUAUCUGUACAAUUUAUUAGAGUUAAAUUUGAGGGCAGGAUGUUGAUGAUGAUGAUGAGUACGGCGAUCAAGCACGAUAUAAGCAUGAAAGGUGUAGCGGGAAUUGUACUGCUCUUGUUGAGCUGGUCUGUGGGGGUGACAUCACAGUCCAACUCCUCUAGGGCUGUUUUUAUCCUUGGCGACUCUUUGGUCGACAGUGGGAAUAACAACUAUCUUGCUACCGUUGCACGGGCAGAUUUCAGUCCUUACGGCAUAGACUCUCCCAAUCGUCGAGCCACUGGUCGCUUUUCCAAUGCAAUGAACAUUGCAGAUCUUACAUGUGAGGCGUUGGGAGUCGAGCCUGUGGUGCCUUAUCUGAAUCCCAGUAUAGGAAUACCAAGCAACUUACUUCGUGGUGCCAAUUUUGCUUCUGCAGGCGUGGGCAUUCUAAACGAUACGGGACUCCAAUUUGGGCCUUUCAUUCUGAGGAUGCCAUUGCAAUUUGAGUAUUUCAGGGAAUAUCAAGAUAGAGUGGCUACAAUAAUUGGACGUUCUGCAACAAAUGAAUUGGUUGCUAAUGCAGUUGUGUCCAUCACUCUUGGAGGCAACGACUACGUCAACAACUAUUACUUUCUUCCCGUCACUGUUAGAUCCGUUCAGUUUCCUAACGUAGCAGAUUACAACAACUUCAUUGUUUCAGAAUAUAAGAAAAUUCUCGCGCGACUGUAUGAACUGGGAGCGAGGACAAUAGUGGUGGCAGCAGCGGGUCCUUUGGGUUGUGUUCCUGCACAGCGAGCGCUGAGAACGUUGACAGGUGAAUGCGAUGCGACUCUUCAGUCAGUCGCUGUGCUUUUCAACACUGGAGUACGCAACAUAGUCGAUGAGCUCAACAGCCAGUAUGGUGCCACUAUAUACACUUUUGCUGAUACUUUCAAUAUGACACUGAACAUUGUGAACAAUCCUGGAGCAUAUGGGUUUGAGACUGCUCAGUACGCUUGCUGUGGGCAAGGAAGAUUCAAUGCCAUAGGCACUUGUACCCCUGUGUCUCCUGUGUGCCCAAACAGAACAGCUUUCUUUUGGUGGGAUGAAUAUCAUCCCACAGAAAGAGCCAACAGAUUUAUUGUCAACUUUUUCUUCAAUGGUGGUACCUCUUAUAUGUAUCCCGUCAACCUCAGAACCAUGCUUAAGAUAAACGACUGAUUGGUUUAAACGUUUCAUGGCUCCCUUCCCUUUCCUCCAUUAAUGAUAGUUUCUCUUAUCACUGAAUAAACCAAUUACCUUGCUUUAAUGAAUGAAUAAAGCAAUGGUUGUUGGUUCUUCUAAUGUUCGUUGUCCUAAUCGUGAGUGUUUGUUUGUUCCUAUUAUGUUUGCAUAUCGGAUUGUGUAAGAUAUCUGAAGGCAAUGUUUGUUGAAGGAUUACCAUCAUAUGUCCAAUUUAAUUAUGGGACGUCUGUGUAAGCUAAAUGUUAAUGGUAUACUUUAUAAUUUUUAAUAUAAAUUCAUGGUUUCCUGUGGUGUUUCCAGCUGAA